UGGGACUGAUAGAUAAGGUCCGUCGCUUCAUUGCCUCUGAACUCUCGUGUCUCUGUUGCAUCCUCUUGUCCUGAGAGAACACUGUCCUUUCUUUCCUUCGUUCUAUGAUAACGGUCCUUGAAUUUUUGUUACUUUUUAGCAGUUGUUUUUUGGAAUAAAAUAUCAAACUCCUUAUGUGGAAUUUUUGAGUCCACUCAAUUCUUGGGUACUACUCACAACCAGCAUUGCACAACUCUCUUUGUAUUGAACUGCAACUGCUUCUCUCCCUGGAGGGAAGAUCUUCUCAGCUGAACACCCAUUUGACUUCUGUUCAAUUCAUUCGGGCAUUUUCCUACCUUCCUUGUUUUGUUUCCAACCUCUGAUUCUUGCGUCAAAUUGUACAUUUUCUCAGUUGGUAUUUGGUAUUUGAAAAAUUGACCAACUAUCUGAGUUGGGUUUUUGGUGAUUUUGGUAACUGGGUAUUUUUUAGGAUGAUGUCAAUGACAUGCCACAAUCUCGAGUUUGGUAGAACUGGGUUGGAUUUUGGUUCAUAUGGGUGUUCUUCCAAUGCUUCAUUUGAGCGGUUUUCCGUCAGAAAUUAUGCAAGAGGGAUCUUUAAGAGUGUUAAUAGGGGCUAUAAGGCUCGGAAACUGUUGUGUAGUCGGCGUGAAAUUGCUCGGUGCCGCGUGUUCUCGACGAAGACUCCUGAAACUCUGCUAACUGGGGUUACACCAGGUCCUCCACUAGUGCUAGAUGUGAAGGAAGAGUCAAGAAGCCCAAUAAAUUUGUUUGAUGUGGUGGCUGAUGACCUGCAAAUAUUGAACAAAAAUCUCCAAACAACAAGUCAUAUGACACUGGGGUCAGAGUACAAAUAUCGCUAUUUGCUUAAAAGUCGUGUAUCUGAUGAAGAUCAUCUUCAAGAUUGUUGGUGCAGAAAACCCUGUUCUUAUGUCUGCUGCAGAGCAGAUCUUUGAUGCUGGUGGAAAGAGAAUGAGACCAGCUUUGGUUUUCCUAGUGUCAAGAGCAACAUCAGAAAUUGUGGGUUUUAAGGAACUUACAACAGAACAUAGACGUUUGGCGGAGAUCAUUGAGAUGAUCCAUACGGCAAGCUUGAUUCAUGAUGAUGUACUGGAUGAAAGUGACAUGCGGAGAGGGAGGGAAACUGUUCAUCAAGUGUAUGGUACAAGAGUGGCAGUGCUGGCAGGGGACUUCAUGUUUGCGCAAUCAUCAUGGUACCUGGCCAAUCUUGAAAACCUUGAAGUCAUAAAGCUCAUCAGCCAAGUAAUUAAAGAUUUUGCAAGUGGUGAAAUAAAGCAGGCAUCCAGUCUGUUUGACUGUGACGUUGAACUUGAGGAGUAUUUGAUCAAGAGCUACUACAAAACAGCCUCGUUGAUUGCUGCUAGCACUAAAGGAGCAGCUAUUUUUAGUGGGGUUAACAGUGAUGUUUGUGAGCAGAUGUAUCAAUAUGGUAGGAAUCUUGGUCUAUGCUUUCAAGUUGUCGAUGAUAUAUUGGAUUUCACUCAGUCUGCGGAGCAACUGGGGAAGCCAGCUGGAAGUGACCUGGCAAAGGGGAUCCUUACUGCGCCAGUGAUUUUUGCACUAGAGAAAGAGCCCAAACUGAGAGAUAUGAUUGAAUCCGAAUUUUGUGAAGCUGGUUCUCUAGAAGAGGCCAUUGAAUUAGUCAAGACAUGUGGGGGCAUUGAGAGAGCACAAGAUCUUGCUAAAGAGAAAGCUGAUGUUGCCAUCCGAAGUCUCCAAUGCCUUCCUCAGAGUGCCUUUCGACUAGCGCUUCAGGAGAUGGUGAAGUAUAAUCUUGAGCGGAUUGAUUAGGUAGAAAGAAACGUCCCUGUUGUAAAUGCCCAUGUUAACAUUUGAGCAAUCCUCGACAAGGACUUGUUGAGCAUGAGGAAAGAUGGACUUGAGUUGAAGCCUCUAUAGUUAUAGCAAGCGCUUCCACAUGUCAGCAAGCUCUAUCAAUGUCAUGCUGCUCAUGAUUGGUGGUAUAUUCAUAAAGGUGGUGAGCAAUGAAAUUAGCUCCUUAUAUAUUGUAGCAAAUAGCAGCUUUCUUGCCAAUUGGCUCAAAGAAAAUAUUUUUUUCUUUAUUCUUGUACACUAAUCAUUGUUGUACACUAUUUUCGACUUCAAAUGAUGUGAAGAGCAAUACUCUUUUCUUGCGUCUUCGUUAUACUGAU